CNCGCCGGCCGCCGCCGCAACGCCACCAUGAUGCUGCUGGGCCGCGGGCCGGACGCCAGGGACAAUCAGACUAGACAAAUACAAGAUGCUCUUUCAAAUGUGGAAAAACAUUUUGGUGAAUUGUGCCAAAUAUUUGCUGGAUAUGUACGUAAAACUGCCAGACUACGAGACAAAGCAGAUCUUCUAGUAAAUGAAAUAUAUGCAUAUGCAGCUACAGAGACACCAAACUUAAAAGUUGGACUGAAAAACUUUGCAGAUGAAUUUUCCAGACUUCAGGAUUAUCGCCAGGCAGAGGUUGACAGGCUGGAAGCCAAGGUUGUUGAACCUCUGAAAUGUUACGGGAGCAUAGUAAAACUUAAAAGGGAUGAUCUUAAAGCAACUUUAACAGCAAAGAACCGAGAAGCCAAGCAAUUAUCUCAACUGGAAAAGACACGUCAGCGGAAUCCAUCAGAUCUACACAUUAUUUCACAGGCUGAAAAUGAACUGCAGAGAGCGACAUUGGACGCUACUCGAACAACUCGGCAUUUAGAGGAAACCAUUGAUCAUUUUGAGAAACAGAAGAUAAGGGACAUCAAAAACAUAUUUUCUGAAUUUAUAACCAUUGAAAUGUUGUUCCAUGGGAAGGCUUUAGAGAUACUUACUGCUGCCUACCAGAAUAUCCAAAAUAUUGAUGAAAAUGAAGAUUUGGAGGUAAGAGUGAUUGAGAUUUGCUUUUCCGUUUACUUCCUAUAUAAAUACAGUUUUCACAGUUGGGCUAGACCUGUCCCACACAGAAAAACGCAACAAAUAUUUCAGGUUCCCAGAACAAACUCAUGUAUACCAAGCCUCUUUUUUGCACUUCUUCAGCAAAAGCAUGCAGUUUUAGUUAAGCAAGGACACUGUUUCUGCUCCAAGUCCCCCCUGCAAAGAACUGGCUCCUUGAAAUCUUCUCUGAGAACAGCACAGCAGAUUUCCCGCAGAAUGCUAAGAAAAGAUGAAGAAGAGGACGAGGAGGAAGAUGAAGAUGAUGAAGAGGAGGAUGAAGAGGACGAAUUUGAUGCUACUAAGGAAGCUUUCAUGAGGUUCAGAUGACUUUUGAUUCCUUUACACAUACAGAAUGAAGUCAUAAAUAAGGA